GGUGGGAAAGAUGGCGUAUCAGAGUCUUCGUCUGGAAUAUCUCCAAAUCCCACCGGUCAGCCGCGCUUACACUACCGCCUGCGUCCUCACCACCGCCGCUGUGCAGUUGGAAUUGAUCACACCUUUUCAGUUGUACUUCAAUCCGGAAUUAAUCUUUAAACAUUUUCAAGUAUGGAGAUUAAUCACCAAUUUUUUAUUUUUUGGGCCAGUUGGAUUCAACUUUUUAUUUAACAUGAUUUUUCUAUACCGUUACUGUCGAAUGCUAGAAGAAGGCUCUUUCCGAGGUCGAACAGCAGACUUUGUAUUUAUGUUCCUUUUUGGUGGAUUCUUAAUGACUCUUUUUGGCUUGUUUGUGAGCUUAGUUUUCUUGGGCCAGGCCUUCACAAUAAUGCUUGUCUACGUGUGGAGCCGAAGAAAUCCCUACGUCCGCAUGAACUUCUUCGGCCUUCUCAACUUCCAGGCCCCAUUUCUGCCCUGGGUGCUCAUGGGCUUUUCCUUGCUAUUGGGGAACUCGAUUAUUGUGGACCUGUUGGGUAUUGCAGUUGGGCACAUAUAUUUUUUCUUGGAAGAUAUAUUUCCCAAUCAGCCUGGUGGAAUACGAAUUCUGAAAACACCAUCCGUUUUGAAGGCUAUUUUUGAUACACCAGAUGAAGAUCCCAAUUACAAUCCCCUGCCUGAAGAUCGGCCUGGAGGCUUCGCCUGGGGGGAGGGCCAGCGCCUUGGAGGUUAAAGCAGCAGUGCCAACAAUGGGACCCCGCUGGGAAAGACUUGAGUGGAAUACUCACCGGAAUUCUUUUACCCUUUGUGUUGCAAAAGUGUGGACACUUUUGACAGCUUUACAGAUUUUAAUUCCAGAAGCACUUUAUGAAAUGGUACACUGAUUAAGCCAGAAGACAUUUCUUGCAGUUUACCAGUGGUUCCUCACUACACUGGUAAUGAAAAUGUAAUCACUCGGAGCCAAAAACUGGAGAAAGCAAUAUUCCUGCCAUCUCUAACUAACAAGUACAUGAAUACUUGAGUUCUGUGGCAUAAAGCAGGCCUUUUUCUUCCUCUUCCUUGAUAGAUGAGGCCAUGGUAUAAAUGGAAGUUUCAGAGAGGACAAAAUAAAACAGAAUUCCAUCAGUCUCUCACUGUA